GAGCCGCGGGAGGCGGCGGCUGCCGCUCGCCCUCCGCCAUUCAUUCGGCCGCAUCGGCGGCGGCAGCGCUCGGCGCCCGGCCUCGCUAUGGCCGACCCGGCCGUCAACGCGCACCUGGAGGGCAUCAUCUCCGACUUCGAAGCUCUGAAAAGAUCUUUUGAGGUCGAGGAGGUAGAUCAGUCUUCAAAUUCCUCCACCCCACAAAGACGGACCCCGAACCCUCUCCUCAGGUCCACCGUGUCCAGCUCCACGCAGAAGUUUCAGGAACUCGGUGCCAGGAACUCGGAGCCAUCUGCCAGACAUGCAGACCCCACAGCCCAGCGAUCCCCCAAGGCCCCUCUGAGGAGAGUGGAGCACUCCGGACCCAAACUGCCAGAGCCGGUGUCCAGAAGAACAGAAAUCUCCAUUGACAUCUCAUCCAAGCAGGUGGAGAACUCCACUUCAGGGUUGUCGAGGUUUGGCCUCAAAAGAGCAGACGUGCUGGGGCACAAAGCCCCGGAGCCCACCCCGCGCAGGACUGAGAUCACGCUUGGCAAACCCCAGGAGCCAGGACUGCGGCGGGCGGACGCCCCAGCAUCGAAGAUCCCCGAGAUGCCCCAGCGCAGAGCGGAGCCGCCCAGCGCUCCCGUGCCCGACGUGGCCACCAAGCGCGUGGAAAUUCAGGUAGCCAAGGCUGCCGAGGUGCCAGCCCCGCUGGCACGGCAAGUAGAGAGCAUGGAGCAUGUGCCGGCCCCGCAGCCUCCCCAGGCAGAGCCAAAGCCACAGCCGGUGCUGAUGGAGAGCCCACCAAAGAGAGAGGAAGGUCCAGAGGCCAUUCCCAGCCCUGUGCCCAGCAUGACGGACGCAGUGCGUGAUGCUGGCCCCAAGCAGGCAGCACCGGCACGGCCGGACAAACCAGCUGCAGACUUCGGCUACGUGGGGAUCGAUGCCAUCCUGGAGCAGAUGAGACGGAAAGCCAUGAAGCAAGGCUUCGAGUUCAACAUCAUGGUUGUGGGUCAGAGCGGCUUGGGGAAAUCCACAUUAAUCAACACCCUCUUCAAAUCCAAAAUCAGCCGGAAAUCUGUACAGCCAACUUCUGAAGAGCGGAUCCCCAAGACCAUUGAGAUCAAAUCCAUCACUCACGAGAUUGAAGAGAAGGGGGUUCGCAUGAAGCUGACGGUCAUUGACACCCCUGGCUUUGGAGACCACAUCAACAAUGAGAACUGCUGGCAGCCCAUCAUGAAGUUCAUCAAUGACCAGUAUGAGAAGUACCUGCAGGAGGAGAUCAACAUCAACCGCAAGAAGCGGAUCCCUGACACCAGGGUGCACUGCUGUAUAUACUUCAUCCCCGCCACCGGCCACUCGCUCCGACCGCUGGACAUCGAGUUCAUGAAACGCCUGAGCAAAGUGGUCAACAUCGUCCCCGUGAUCGCCAAAGCCGACACGCUGACACUGGAGGAGAGGGACUACUUCAAGCAGCGGAUCACGGCUGAUCUCCUUGCCAAUGGGAUUGAUGUGUACCCUCAGAAGGAGUUUGAUGAAGAUUCUGAAGAUCGGCUCGUGAAUGAGAAAUUCAGGGAAAUGAUCCCAUUUGCAGUGGUGGGCAGUGACCAGGAAUACCAGGUUAAUGGAAGGAGAAUCCUUGGAAGGAAGACCAAGUGGGGCACCAUUGAAGUGGAGAACACAACACACUGUGAGUUCGCCUACCUGCGGGACCUCCUCAUCAGGACACACAUGCAAAACAUAAAGGAUAUUACCAGCAAUAUCCACUUCGAAGCCUACAGGGUGAAGAGGCUGAACGAGGGCCAGAGCUCGCUCUCCAACGGCGUGACCGACAAAGAGCUGGUGGCUAACGAAAUGUAACCGUCUCGCUCUGUAGCCAGGACCUUGCUCGCUCACGCUCGCUAUUUCUACCCCCUUCUCCCUUUAUUUUUAUAUAAAUCCUCUGCCACUGUCCCUCUUCCCCCAGAACCCCCCCACCAAUGUUAACUGACCAAAUAACCAGAUGCCGUAUGUUGUACAGAGUGGGGUGAGUGCCCGUCCCCCGCUGCUCCCCAGCCCUGGGAGGGGAUGGAGGAGCCUCCAGCCAUAGGGCUGAAUGGAUUUGGGCUGUAGGGCAGCAGGUGCUGCGGGGUCUCAGGUUGCAGUUGGUGUCUCCUGCCACCUCUGUGGCCAUGCACCCACGGCAGUUUGCCAAAGGCUGAGUACCUCUGUCCCACGUCUGUGCCAUUUUUCCUCUCCGUCCAUUGGAGGCAAGGGUUGCUCCAUGUCAUUGUACCCUCCAGAAGCAAAGCAUGGUACGGUGGUGUGAAGACAGCAAGACAGUGUCAUCCUUGUCUCCUUCCUCCUCCUCGGCAGCCCUGCAGCGCCAGCCCUGACCCAGCCCCUCUUCCCUGCCUACAUGCAAUAAGCUGGGAGCAUUGGGGCAUUACCUCGCCUCACAGCAGCCUGGCUCUGGGAGAAGUGCCUUUAGGACUGUUACCUUGCAAUAGUGCAGAAUGGGGGCGGGGGGUUGUGUCUGGAAAACGCUUCCCCACGCUGCAGUGCUUUGCAGAGACUCUUUGUCCCUCUCACUCAUGGCUUGGCCCAUAGGUAUGGCUGGGUUCCUGUGGACCCGCGUGUAUUUAUUUUUAAUCUGUAGGGUGUUUUAUUCCACGGAAGGCUCAGAGUGUGUUUGAAGGGGCUGAGAGUGGAACGUCUCUGCAAAGCGGUGCUGGGAAGUGGAGGUUUGUCCUAUCUUACCCUUGUCACAGUGGGCUUUUCCCUAAGUCAGAGGAGGCCGUUAGGUGUUAUUUUUCUAAACAUAUUUCUUUGCAUCCCUUGUGUGAUGUCUCCAUAAUGCACUCCUCCAUGUGAGUAGCCCUGUGCACGGGGCUGUGCCCACACCGCCUGAGCCCUGCAUGCCCACAUGCAUGAGAGCAGCCUGGCCCUAUGGCUCUGCCCCACACUCUGUGUUUCCAUGGACCUGCAGGAAGAAGGACUCUGUGUUGGUUCUGCUUUGGAACGUUGCGUGGCUCAGGAGCCCCACAUCCCCCUGCCCCUCUCCCAGUGUCAGCUCCAUCCAUCUCUGCUCUCCUCUGUGGGAUGAAACCUCAUGCAAAUGGCCCUUUUUUUUUUGGCGUGUAAUAAUGGCAGCGUGGCCCACCCUGCAUUCCCUAUGGGGCAGAGGAGCAGAGGCAGCUCUCCCCUGCUCAGGAUGCCCACAAACUCAGUGAAGGGUUAGGAGGUGCUCCUGCACACCCUGGGGUGCACCGCAAGGAGAACGCGCUCUCCCCAUAGCUCACAUUUCCCCCUCUGCAGCAGCACUUGCUGAGCUGCUGAGGAAGCACAACCGUUUGCAUACUGACUUGCUAUAUUUUAGCAAAAACAAAAUGUAUUUAGUGAAAAAAAAAAAAAAAAAAGAAAGAAAAAAAAAAUAGGUGCAUUUCAAUUGUUACAAAGACUUCAAGGGGAGAAAAUCUCCUGCGCGAGGCACUUCUGCAAAUGUCAUCUUAAAUUCUUUUCCCUCCAGUUGAUCUCUUAAGCUGGGCCAGGCGAGGAACGCUGCUUUCUCCCUUAUAACCUGGGAUCUUUCUCUUUCUUUUUUGGGGGGGGAAGGAAAUGAAAAUACAAUAAUAAAAAGAACAAACUUCAUCCGGAUGUAUUACAAUGGCCUUUCGGGGGUUAUAAGCAUUACGAGAAAUUUAGUCCUUUUUUUUUUUUUUUUUUUUUUAUU